ACAAAUAACCAUCAACAAUAUAAUGAGGAUUGUCCUGCAAGCACAGGAUUGUACAAAGCCACUCCUUGUACAUUCUUCAAAUUAGAAGAACAAGUAUUAGGACAACUAACACAGCCAACAGCAAUACCUCUAGGCAAUUGAUCAAGAUUAAAACCAUUAAAUACACCUACUAACCCAAGAGCAGUAGCAGUUUCAAUGAAUAUUCCCUCAUGCAAGGAAUUGGUUAAAUCCUUUAAUUGUUUUGCCAAUGCAUAUCUACAGGCAUCAAACAAAGGUUGUGGCAAAAUUAUUCCACUAUCUCCCUGAAAACCGCUUAAAUAAGGGGUUUGUUUGUCAGAUAUACCUGGAUUUGGGAAUAGCAAAGCCAAGGGCUCCCACUAUUCAUCCACCUUUCUCUUCUGACUCAUUGUAACCAAUUCAGCAACAACAAAGACUAGAGUACUGAAGUGCUUUGAGAACUCACCCAAUGGAAAUUUGAGAAGCUCAUCCAAUUGCUUGUACCUUGCAGCUCUUUGUGGCAUUUUACUGAACAGCUUGUGUUUAGGAAAGUUGUGUUCAUCAAAAGUUGCAGGUUUGACGGACUCAUCUUCAGCAACCACACAGGAUAUAAAGAAAUCAUCUUCAGCGAUAGGAGUCACCAGUGGUGGAUUCUAGUCAAGUUCCAUAGCCACCAAUUUAUCUUGCUCUCCGGCAGUGGUUUUCUCCUGUGAUGCUUCCACCACCUGCACUGCACUAUUUCAUCUACAGCUCACAGAAUUUCUUCUUGCUCAGGUAUGGGUUUUGGUGUUAGCUAUUCCUUGAACGUCUUCCAAGCAUGAUUCUAGUAGGAAAGCAAGCAAUAAGCAUUAUACAAGGAUGGGGGUUUGAACAACCUCACAGAUGGCCGGAUAUCUUCCUUUAAUCCAUCAACAAAGAAAGAGACUGCUUGCUUUUCAGUGAGUCUCGUUUAGAGAAGAUCAAAUAGCUCCUUAAAUCCGCUCACUGUACCCGUCUGCUUCAAUGCUGUCAGAUCUGCCAAGGCCACCAAAUAUGUCCACGGAUUUUCACUCUCCUGAACUUGAAUCUCAGCCAUGUCCAAGGAAAGAUGAAUUCUGAUACCAAAUGAUACAGAUAAAAUGAAAGAUAGGUGAGAGAAAAAAGGAAAGCCUGAUUAGCUAUCAAUAAAUUUCUCCAGAGAAAAUACAAGGGAAAUCUAGUAGAAAUUGAAAGAAAGAUUUCCAAUUUAUUCCUCAAUGUAAUGGUCUGAAACCAGAAAAUUACAGACAUAGCUUCUCAAGAGAAUUAUAGAGAAUAGUAGAGGAUGAAGAAUAUAACAAUUUCUUAAGC